AUGGCCAUAAGGCCCUCCUUGGAAUUCACCGUCUCCAACCACCACAAGCUCCUCUCUCCUUUCCUCCUCACCCGCCCUUCCUUCUUCUCCGCUUCUCCCUCCAAGCCUCUCCUCCUCCUCCUCCUCCGCCGCAUCGCUUACUCCGCGACUCCCCUCACGCGCCCCAACCCCCACCGCCCUCAGCGGCCGCUCCACCCGCCCACCGAAACCCUGGCGCAGAAGAUCUGUAAAUCGAUUCGCCGCCCCGGCGCCGCCUCCAAGGCCCGGAUAUACUCCGAUGUCAACGUCAUCCGCCCCAAGGAGUACUGGGACUACGAAGCCCUCACCGUCCAAUGGGGGGAGCAGGACGAUUACGAGGUGGUGAGGAAGGUUGGGAGGGGGAAAUACAGCGAGGUUUUCGAGGGGGUUCACUGUACAGAUAACGAGAAAUGUAUCAUCAAGAUUCUCAAGCCUGUUAAAAAGAAGAAGAUUAAGAGGGAGAUUAAAAUAUUGCAGAAUCUUUGUGGAGGCCCGAAUAUUGUGAAGUUGCUUGAUAUCGUCAGAGACCAGCAAUCAAAGACGCCAAGUCUUAUUUUUGAAUAUGUGAAUAAUACAGAUUUUAAAGUGCUGUAUCCAACACUUUCAGACUAUGACAUACGAUACUACAUCUAUGAACUUCUCAAGGCUUUGGAUUAUUGCCACUCACAAGGUAUUAUGCAUCGAGAUGUGAAGCCCCAUAACGUUAUGAUUGAUCAUGAGCAGCGUAAGCUGCGCCUUAUUGAUUGGGGCCUUGCAGAGUUCUACCAUCCUGAGAAAGAGUAUAAUGUUCGCGUUGCUUCAAGGUAUUUCAAAGGUCCGGAGCUUCUUGUUGAUUUACAAGAUUAUGACUAUUCUUUGGACUUGUGGAGUCUCGGUUGUAUGUUUGCUGGAAUGAUAUUUCGUAAGGAGCCAUUCUUCUAUGGACAUGAUAACUACGAUCAGCUAGUGAAAAUAGCGAAGGUACUUGGAACCGAUGAAUUAACUACUUAUCUACACAAGUAUCGCAUAGAGUUGGAUCCACAUCUUGGUGCUCUUGUGGGGAGGCAUAGCAGGAAACCAUGGACAAAAUUCAUUAAUGUUGAUAAUCAGCAUUUAGCAGUUCCUGAGGCCAUCGAUUUUGUAGACAAGUUGCUACGUUAUGAUCACCAGGAAAGGCCAACUGCAAAGGAAGCGAUGGCCCAUGCUUACUUCUACCCAAUUAGAAAUGCAGAAAGCAGCAGAGCUCGUACCCAAUAGAUGCUUGUUGAAUCAUGGUGUCUUCUUUGUGGCGAAUCCACCAACCGUAAUUUCUGCCCCGAGUUUUUCUUGUGGUAUUUGAGUGCAGAUAUAGGGUUUGCCAGUGUUUGGGUUGUCAUAAAACUCGGUUUUGAUAAAAACUCAUUAUGCUGUUAGAUUUCUGUGUACUUGUUAGUCCAUUUUUGUGUGCACCCCAAACUGUGAAUGUAUUAUUUAUCUGAUUCAGGCAGAAUUUAACUCCAUUCCUUUUCAAUCAAUGAAAGAUCAAUGUGUGCUUUGUGAACUCCAUUUUUGUCGAUCAAUGAAAGAUUUGUACUGUUAUUUUGGC